AUGCCGUCUCCUGCCUGUUCUCUUGUCAAGUAUUCAGGUUGGCAAGAGAUAAAGGCCUCCGAUCUAGGUCUUGCGGCCCAACUGGACUUAGCGCCGGUCUUCAUCACUCGGAUGAGAUGCUGCACUGUGCUGGCGGGCGCGGCUCUCGUCCUUUUGCUCCUGGCAUUUUUGUUCUCGCUGCUCGGACACUGCGGCAACGACAAUAAAACCCUCGUGGCGAGCGGCAUGUUCAUAUUAGGAGCGUUAUUGCUGGGAGCGGGGUUGGUGUUGUUCGCAUCAGCAUUAUCCGAGACCCUGCUGGAAGCCACUCAGUACCAUAAGGAAUCGCUCGCAGGACCAAGUUACGAUUACCGUUACGGUUGGUGUUUUUUUACUGCCGGUGCAGCGUUCGUAAUGACGAAAAUGGCAGCAGUUUUCUCCCUAACCGGAUAUCUCAAUAGAUUCCCGUCAGUUGAUGAGAUGGUUCGUGUGAUGGUACCUGGGGCUGAGCGCAAGCUGCGAGAACAUCAAAGGCUUGCCGGAGAAUACAUGGAACGACACCUCAGUCCCCAAACGAGACAACAAUACGACCCAAUCUGCACGGAGAGACCCAAAUACGAAGCUGAGUGCGGUCCACUUCUAAACAAGACACCACCAGAUGUCUGCACCACCAACAAAUGCAUCGAGUUUGCUUCCGCCGGAAAUAUCAGCGGUACCCUGAUUCCAGGUGUCAUCGAGCAGAGUGGUUUCGCAGCUGGACCGGUUGUCACAUGUACUUCAACCACUGCCCAACAAACCACACCAGGCCUCGCUGGACAAACUGUACCCAUCACCAUCAAGAGCCAUCACCAUCAUCACCACCAUCCGCACCAUCAUCUUCCGCCGUACCCUGCGAACUUCUCCUCCAACAAGUACGGAACGAUGCCUCAUCCGGGGACCACACUUCAUCAAGGCUUCCUUGGAGUCUCCGAGGUCGGAAGCUCCAGCUCUAACAGUUCGAGCAGCUACUGUUCUAAAAGCAAAACGCUGCAGCAUCAAAGGCCUCGCAAAAAGUGCGUCAAGAUCGAGACUUUCCAAACGCCGGAGACCGGAUUUGCAGACUUCUCGAGUAAACGGUCGAGCGCUAUCGCGUACUCUGGAAGUGCGGUAUGACACGGGAAACACGUGCCAUCAAAGUAUGAAGAAAGUCCAGAUAGGGAACUGGAUCUGCAUCAGCUCGUUUGAAGUAAAACCGGCGUGAAAACUGGAAAAAACGGCUCAGAAUUUAAUCCACACCCUGUCCAGAAUUUAUUUUAUUAAUGUUGAUAUAAUAUGAAGAAGAAAAAAAAAUAGUACAUGAUAAUAACUAAAAUAUAUAAAUAAACGAAUAAAGAAAACAAUAUCGCCCUGGCGUGGUGUGCUUCUACUAAAGUUAUGAUGAAAGUAAACGAAGAACAGUUUUCGUACCUCUUAAAAAGACAAAUCAAAUUAAUCAUAUCGUAAACAAAAAAAAACAAGUAAAUAAGAAAUAAAUGUUAAUUAAUGUAAUACUAUGUUCGACGUUUUUUCUCCAUUGCUUUAUAUACCAUAUAUAUAUUAACAAAAAAUAUAAUAAUAAUAUAAAUAAUGACUUUGUAAUUGCUGUGAUAUUGAGAUUGAAUUAAAUAUGAUUAUGAUUAUCUCUCCCCCAAACCCAAUUAUCUUUAACCGACGCGUGAAAAUGAUAUGAAUAAUUAGCAAAGGAAGAUAGACACUGAGUGGAUACAUGAAAGGUUUGUGAUUUGUUACAGAUAUAUCCGUUUUUGUUAAGGAAUAAAUAAUAAAUUGAAAUAA